AUAUAAGAAAAAUAUUUAUAAAUCACCUUUAUUUUCGUCUUAUAAUUUAUAAAAUUAGAUUAAUCCCAGUUUAUUAAGUCUGACAACGCCGCGUUAAAUAGACAGAUCAGUUAAAUAUCCAAUAUGGCGAUAUCUCUGUUUUUGUGUUGUGUAGUGUUGAUGUGAUUGUAGUAUUUUAAUAAGACUUUUUGAGGUUUUAACCACAGAUAAAAUAUAAACCAUCAAAUGAUAUAAUACAAACGAAAACUAAAAACAAUGAAAGUGCCAAUCGCGUCGUUGAAAACGUUGUAGUGAUAAAAGCAAUAUUUUCCGUUACUAAAAUGUAAAGAAAAAAAAAGGCCGCGAUUUUUCGUGUAAAUUCGUGAUAUCGAAAUUUCUAAACUACUUCGGAAAGUGAAUUAUGGAUAAAUUCGAUGGCGGUAAAGUCAUUAGAGCAAGAAAAUUGAAAAGAGGAAAGAUAGAAGAAAGAAUAACUGAUAGGGUAUUUGGUAACCUGCUCCUUCAGGAAAACGAUACAUUUCAUAUUUCAAAAAAAUACAGAUACGCUUAUUGAAUUACUAGAGAUAGAAAAUAUAGUGAAAGGUGUUUAAGUCUUGUUUAAUUCGUAAAGAUAUGCGACGCGGCUUUCGUUGGUAAUAUGAUGCCGAGAAAUUCAUCUCCGAUUAUAGAAAAAGAAGUGCUCUGCACGUAUCAGAUAAAAUUAGAAAGGGUAUUAGGAGUGACUGUUUCCAGUAAUGCAGCCUUAACAUGUGAUAAUAAUGGGUUGAUAGCAUAUCCAGCCGGGUGCACAGUAGUUCUUUUCAAUACCCGGACAGAACAACAAAGUCAUAUAAUAAAUACAUGUCGAAAAACUAUUACUUCACUAUCGUUUUCAGCAUGUGGUCGAUAUAUUGUUACAGGGGAAUGUGGACACCAACCGGCCGUAAGGGUAUGGGAUCUUCAAUCAGAUCCACAAUCGGGUCAACCAGGUCUAGCUCCCCAGCCCCAACAAGUAGCCGAAUCUGUUGUCCACAAAUUUGGUAUCAACUGUGUGGCAUUUUCACCUACAGGUAAAUACGUUGUUAGUAUAGGUACCCAACAUGACAUGAUAGUAAACGUAUGGGAUUGGAAAAACAAUAUAAAAGUGGCUAGUAAUAAAGUGAGCACGAAAGUGAAAGCCAUCGCAUUCGCUGAAAACGGUAGUUAUUUUGUUACUGUCGGUAAUAGGCACGUGAAAUUUUGGUAUCUGGAAUACGGAAACGCCAAGUACAAGGACACGGUUCCGUUGAUGGGUAGAUCGGCCAUAUUGGGUGACCAGAGGAAUAAUUAUUUUUGUGACGUUGCUUGUGGUAGAGGCGACAGCGCGGAUAGUACUUACGUUAUUACUAGAUCGGGACUUCUUUGCGAAUUCAACAACAGAAGACUUUUAGAUAAAUGGGUAGAAUUAAGGACUGCGAGUGCCAAUUGUAUAACUCUAGGUGAAAAAUAUAUUUUCGUGGGCUGUGCAGAAGGUAUAAUUAGGUGUUUCGAUCCGGCUACUCUUAGAUUCGUUACGACACUUCCUAGGAAUCACUAUCUAGGUGUUGACGUUAGUCUAGGGACUAGUAUACAACAUAUGGCGACCCCCCCUCAAGAUGCCAAAUAUCCAGAUACAAUAGCCAUAACGUUCGACGAAACAAAUAACAAAUUAACUUCGGUUUAUAAUGAUCACUCUGUAUACGUUUGGGAUGUGUUCAAUAUUCAAAGGGUGGGAAAAUCGUUUUCUUUCCUUUACCAUUCGGCUUGCAUAUGGGGUGUGGAAAUGGCCCCACCGAAUAGUCAACUACCUCCUGGUAGUUUCUUAACUUGCAGCUCAGAUGAUACAAUACGGGUGUGGAUUCUUGAUAAAAUAAAUGAAAACAAUUCCAAAGGAAUAUAUCAACCAAAUAUUUAUAGUAAUGAGUUACUCAAAGUUAUAUACGUAGAUAGAGACUUAUCCUUCAUUAAAGACUUAGAUAUAUCGGGCACAACGGAAAAACAAGAAAAUACAUCAUAUGAUGGUCGAAAUGGGGUCAGAUGUAUAAGAAUCAGCCCUGAUGGUAAACAUUUAGCAUCCGGAGACCGAGCCGGAAAUAUCCGUAUCCAUGAUAUUGCAUCGUUAAGGGAAAUCUGCAAAAUCGAAGCUCAUGACGCCGAAGUUUUGUGCUUAGAAUAUUCGGGUACUAAUCUCAAUUUAAUGGCUAGCGCCAGUCGGGAUCGUUUGAUACACGUCUUCGAUAUGCAAGAAGGUUACGAAUUCAUUCAAACUUUGGACGAUCAUUCUUCUUCUAUAACAGCUGUACGAUUUUUGAAUCACGGAGGAAAUACACAGAUGGUGUCAUGCGGAGCAGAUAAAAGUCUCAUAUUUAGAUCAUUGGGUGAAUUAGGUGGAAAACCGCAAUUCACCAGAGCUCAUAACGCUACUGGUAAGACUACUCUAUACGAUAUGGAAGUAGACACCGGUCAAAAACACGUUUUAACAGCUUGCCAAGAUCGAAAUGUUAGAAUUUAUAGCGUAAAUAAUGGAAAACACACGAAAAGUUUUAAGGGAAGUACGGGCGACGAUGGAACUCUCAUUAAGGUCGUCUUGGACAGAUCCGGUAUAUAUUUAGCUACAUCUUGUACCGAUAAAUCUCUUUCUGUCUACGAUUAUUAUUCGGGGGAAUGUAUGGCGACUAUGUGCGGACAUUCCGAAUUAGCGACAGGACUUCGGUUCACCAACGAUUGUCGUCGUUUAAUUUCGGCAAGCGGAGACGGUUGUAUAUUCGUAUGGAGAGUACCCCACGAUAUGGUGGUCACCAUGCACGCCAGAUUAAGUCAACAAGCCAUCAGACAGGGUAAACAAUUGGAACAGGAAGUUUUCAGCGAUGGUAGCACGUUCGAUUUUUACGAUGGUAUUAAUACCGUCGAUACCAACUAUAGGUUUAGUAUCGGUCAGCUUCCACAGUGGGCCAAAAAACAAUUAACUGAAGAUAAUAGUCAACCUUCUAGUCUGAGUAAAGGGGUGGUGGUUCCGAAAGGUAGAUGGGCUGAAAGAGCGGAAAAUGCGAUGGGCGUUAAGUCGUUUUAUUCACAUCAACCGUAUCCAUUCCCACCGAUAGAUCGUCGAUUCGAUUCCGAUGGAGGCUCGAAAGAUAGUUCAUUAGAUAGCGGCACCGAAGUGAAAUAUUCCGAAUUGCGUAGAGAAGUAACGUCCGUGUCAAAAUUGACAGCUCGAACUGAAAUUAGUACUAGGAGAGGUAUAAUGACUGACGAUAGCGCCAUAGGUGAUGUCGAAUGUACUGCACACGAUGCCGAUAUCGAUUCCGAUAUGGAAUAUAGGCAUCGACCGAUUUAUUAUCCCACGCAAUCGGGAUCCCAAAGCGGUAGUGAGUUUACAAUAACAAAUAUAGAUGCGGAUGAAUUGAGAAAAUCUCAAAGGAAAAAGAAAGCACCGCAGAUUUUAAUUCAGCAGGCUACAUCUCCAACUUAUGGUAGUAAUGAUUCAGACGAUGACGAUGAUGAGGCAUCAACUCCAAGCGGAGAAAGGAAUCCUAUGUCUCUAUUUUCUUUAAGUUCGGAAUCAUUGGAUCAACUCGUCAGUAGAGAAAGGUAUCUACAAUCGACGUUUGAAAGUAUGUCCGGGAUGGAUAAUGAUGUACAAACACCUUCCAACAAAACUUCAAUUUCUUCAAAAUUUUUAACAAAAUCGAGCGAAAGGAAUUUAGAGGCCAUAAACGCUGUUAAACAAACGAAAAACGAUCCAGAUGCUAUAAGGAAGAGACAAGAACUCAGUAAAAGAGUAGCGGAAACUAGAAAAAAAUUAGAAAGUGUUGGCCAUAGUCCUCUGAAGUACAGUCAAUCCAUCCACGACCUUUCCCAUAUUCCGGAACGGGACAGGUGGUCGAAAAAACAAGUCUAUUUGGACGAAAGUUCCCCAGAUAGCAGUUUGCGUAGAUCAUGCAGCUUAAGCGAUUUAAGUUUGCAAUCUUCUGUGCCAAAAAGAAAAAUUGAACAAGUUUCAGGAAAGAAAACCGCCAGUAACAACGUAUCCAGGAAUAAUUCAAGAUACGUAAAGAACAAUUUAAUCCAACGUAGUCGAUCCAGUUCGGUUCUGAAUCAAUCCGAUUCAGAUCCAGAAGAAAAAACUGUUUCCAGACUUAUGAGACCGACGAUUAGUUCCCACAACAAAAUUAAUAACAAAUCGUUGCAAAAUCGAAAGAAACAUUCUUAUUCGGCAAGUAAUAUUAACACCCUUGGUACUGCGGAUAACAUAUCAACUUCGGACGAAGAAACAACCCCUACUGCCCCUCCUAGAAACAGGCAAUCAUUCGAAAACGGUUCCCCUUCAAUAACACCUAGACGCCAUUUGAACAACAAAGACAAACAUAGGGCUGCGAGGCACACGAUUCAUUUCGAUGAUCUAGUAACGAACGACGAUUUCGAAUCGAACGAAAGUUAUUCAUCGGUUGAAAUUUCCAAUCAAGUUUGCGAUGACCUGAUCGAUCAACUAACUUCAACAGCGGAAAAAGUAGUCAAACUUUACGACCGCCUUAACGAAACCGACGUCGGUCACGAAUCUCAAUUAGAUAGAAUCGAUAAAGUGAAAAUGUCGAUGAUUCGCACCCACAAAAUCCUCCACGAUUGCAUUCUCAAAGAACUGAAACAAAAUAACGGCAACACCGACGUUAAUCAAACCGAUACGGUGAAAAAACUCAACGAUUUAGUGUCUAAAGGCCCCAGCGGACCGAACGUCAUCAAUAUAAUGGAACAAUAUUCCGAUAUUUUGUUGGAUAUGGUUCAACAGAAGAUGCACAGUGCGAAUAUGUGACAUCCGUUGAGCGUUAACUUUGAAUUAUCGUGUUAACCUGUGAUUAUUAUCCUGUAUGUAUGUGUGUAUAUCGUUUUUAAUUAAUUUUUUUAACCUAACCUCUUUUAGAAUAUCAUCGUUACUCCAUUUAAAUUAAACAAAAAAUAUUCAAUUUGAUAUUCUUUUUGAAUAUUUUGUUUUUCAUUAUUUCAUUAACUAUUUGUCUAGUAGUUUAUUUUACAUCGUUAAAUAUAGAUAUUUAUGGUGAAAAUUUCACUAAAAACAUUUCAUUUAAACUUAAACUUUAAAUUUCAAAAUACUUCAGAUCGAGAUCAAUUUUAAUGAUGCAUUGUUGAGAUUUUUAGAAAGAUGCAGUUUUUUCUUUCAAUCAAAUUAGCACGAAUCCAUUUGGAUGAUUUGCUUUGAAGAAUUUGGUUCCUACAAGUUGCAAAUUGAAGAAACCACUCGAAUUUUUGAAUUUUUUUUUCCAUUAUUUACUACUACUGCUUUUCCUUAUUUUUGUACGUUUCCUGAGAAAAUUGAAGCCAUUCAUUUAAAUUUGAUAAACAGUUUGUUGUAGUGGAUGAUUUUUGCUUUCGUAGCAACUUCCAUCUAUUUUCUAUGUAGCGGUAUUUCCUUUAUUAGUCUUUAUAUCAUAGUUUCUCCAUAUUUUUUAUAUUUAUACAUUUAGCGUUUCCAGUUUUUAUCUUCGAGAGCUCUGAUUCUACUUGUUCUUUCCACACUAACUUCCAUUAUCUCUUCUAUCUUCCAUGCAGAUAUAACUAUAGAAGAUAGAAAUGAUAAAGGAACUUGUUGUACGUAUCAGCUUUUUUCAAUUUUUUUACCUUUUUUCCAUUAGGUAUUUUUCAGUUUUGACAUUCAUUAUCGACUUAUGUUCAAUCUUUUUUUUUUAUUAGACAUUCUCAGUUUUCACUUGUUCUUUCCCUCUUAACUUAGAUUUUCCCUUCUAUCUUCUAUUUAGCUGUAUCAAAUCUUCUUUUUCUAGUGUUAUACCUCAACUUUUCUUCAUUUUUUUCUCUAUUUUCUAUUAGAAGUUUCCAAUUUCCACAUUCAUUUAUUGAAGUCUAUUUCUACUGAUUCCUUCCAUUAUAAUUUCGGUUGUUUUUUCUAUCUUCUAUUUAGCGUUAUCAAAUCUUCAUAUCUGGUUUGAAACACCAACUUUUCUUCAUUCUUUCUCUCUAUUUUCCACUUUUCACUUCUUUUUUCUUGCAGUCCGAUUCUACUUGUUCCUUCCUCUUAACCUUCAUUAUCCUUUCUAUCUCCUAUUUAGUUGUAUUUAAUUUUAAUCUUAUAGGUUCCAUA